AGUUGCAAGCUUGGCGAGAGGUGGCCGGCAAGUUAGGGAGAGAAGAGGCGGCCGCAGAGACGAAGACCAUGUGGGGAGUCUCCUGAUGCGUAAGGAAACCCCUCCUCGAACUUGGGCCAUUUGAUUUAGCGGAGGGAGACACACACAAACACGCGCGCUCCUUUUCCUAGGAUUUCCCCUCUUGGCUUCCAGCAGAGACCCAGCGGGAUCGCUUCCCUCGGCUCCUCGAGUUCAGACCCGGAGGACCGGGAGGGCAGGGCCGAGGAGGGAGGUGGGGUUCUCGGCGUUGCUACAACCAAAAGGCUCCCUUCGCGCAGCCGCCGCGUCCCUGGCACCCGAGCAAAGCAAACGUCAGUUUGUUUAACAAUCGCCGAGUAUAAAAUGCUCCAAUCAUAGAGGAGACUCGCGGAGGGGGGAAAUAAGGCUGAGGUCAGCGCAAAGCCAACAAGCAGCAGCGGAUCUCCCUUCGCCGAUCUUCCCACCUUUGAUACUCUAGGGCAGCUAAAAAGAAAAGUAAAAUACCCGGGAAGCAGGCACAUCGAUGCUAGCUGUUUUGUAGGAAGGGAAGCCUCUUUCCGCAAAGCUUCUAGAUCCAUCCUCCAUUCACCCCUGAUCUCUCUCACCUUUGAAAGGGAGCCAUGGCUGAUAGCCUGAGAAGACUGAUCAACAACGAGACCUGCAGGAUUUUACAGGAGAAGCUGGAGAACUGGUAUAAAGAUUAUCACGUGAGUGUGCGCGAACGCGUGUUUUGGAAAUCGGCGCUCUGACUAAUAACGAUGGGGAGGCAGCUAGAUGCAUUUGCGAUGUUGUCCCCUUUGAAUCUGUACUAGGCAAAAUAUUAACUCAUCUUCCCACCCCAUCCCGCCCUUGAUAAAACCGGAGCUGGCGAGGUGGAAACUGGAGGAAACGGCGAGAUCGUUUCAGAAACUAACCUUAACUACAAUGAUAUGAACAUCUUUAGGAAAGAUGGAGACGAUUAGCAUUGCAGCCAAACGCAGCUUUGUGAGUUUGAUUGAGCUUGUGGCGCGGAGAGGUCGCUUUAUGGCGGGAGAUUAGGGCAGAGCUGGUGGUGUGUUGGAAACCUCCAGCCAUUUCCCGGGAAAGUAGUAACUAAGGACGCCGGUUUUCAGCGCCAAGCAGACACUGUUGUGGUUGCCAUGGUUAUAGAACGCCACGAUACUCUGCCCGGGAAACGUAGUAAGAACAGCAAUGAUUUGCAGCGAGGGAUUGCUCAAGUCUCUUUCCCUCCUCCUCUACUGAGCUGUGAUUGAGUCUUUUGAUUCGGUUACACUUAACCACAGCUCCCCCUCGCCCGAGCACCUUAUUUUUCCUUUAUAUAUUUAACACCCUUAACUGUUUGUUUGUUUUAAGAUUGGAACUACGGUACUUCUCUACAUUUCUUCAUUUUUAAUCCUCCUAUUACCUCCAAGCAGCUCAAACCAGCGUAAAUGGCGAUUCCCGUAUUAUCCUCACAACAGCCCUGUGAGAUAGGUGUAACUGAGGAACAGCAACUUCCCAUGGUCACCCAGUGGAUUUAAUAGCUGAGAUUUGAACCCUGAUCUUUCCAGGCAAAGGCUGGAACUAAAAUGAUAAUGGUACACAUGCAGCUGUUGCCAAAAACCAGCAGCCCAGUACUGGUUCUCCCUGGAACUUCAAUUUACAUCACCAUGGUGCAUUUCCUUGCUUUCCCACCAGUAGAAACCAAUGAUUAUUACCAGCACCUUUCAGCCUACAUUCCUCUACUGGCUCUCUCUCCUCCAACUUCUGUGUCCACAUUUUGUGUUCCAGAGUAGUGGCUUUUGGACGCAUGAUGUGUCCAGCACAGUGUUUGACUUUAUAUGAGUUGGAUCUUACAGGAGUUUCUGGGAUGGUUUGCCUAUGCAUGUAUGCCACCUGAUUACCAUGGAUGGCAGACAGCAGAAUAUGUGAACUGGUUCAAGUGAAAAAGCAUUGUGCUAUAUGAUAUAUUUCAAUUCUGUUUCUGGUGAUGUACCCAUGGCAGUCUGUUUACACAUGCAGAUUAUCACCUGAUGCUGUAAGUCAUGAAGGAACUAGCGUGUGUGUGCGUGAAUAAAGCCUGGCAUCAGAUUGUAUAGAUCACAUGCUUUCCAAAAGCUAUCUAUCAAUGCAAAAUGUGGCACCUGGUAAGAUCUUCGACCAAAACACAAACAUGCCUGGCAGUAGGGCUUUUUAUAUUGCACUACACAGGAAUUAGAAAAAAUAAAUGUAAGCAUAUAGUAACUGAAAAAUAAGGUUUAAACUAAGAACAGCUUCCUCUGCUAAGGAUCUGUGUGUCAUAUUAAGUGUACAUUCAGACCAGUUUUUUCCCCUUCCACUGUGGUCACUUCAAACCGUAACCCCUGAGCUGUGGUGGCUAAUGCUAUUAUUCCUUGAGUUCUCAUGCAAGAUGUGGUAGUUCAGUAAAGGAAUCAAAAACCAUCCCAUGAUUUGUUUGUACAGAUGUGUAUUUAGAUUUUCUUUCCCCAAAAAAAUUAUUGGCUGCAACAGACAGCUCUGAACUUGAUUUUUAUUCUUGAGAGAAGUCACACUAGAAGUAAAGUGAGCAUGAAUGUCCACAUGUUAGGCAUGGACAUUUGCAGGGGUAAAGCACGUUGGUAUAGAUCUGUAAGCACAUAGCAAAGGUGCUAAGAAUUCUCUGUUACAGAAAAAGGUUUCUGUGCUGUCCUGAGUGCCACAUCCAGAUCUAAACCGAAUGUGAUCUUCACUGUGAUUGACAAUCAAACAGGAAUAGUACGUAGGGGAAUAGUACGUAGGUGGGGAGCAUAGCUGUCAACUUUUCCCUUUCUUAAGGGAAAUUCCCUUAUCCCGAAUAGGAUUCCUCGCAAGAAAAGGGGAAAGUUGACAGCUAUGGUGGGGAGUGACAACCCAUCUGUGUGCAGAGUCAAAGAUGACUUCGAAUUCCAUUUUAGAAGUACAAGCCAUGGGUCACUAGUUUCUUUCUUGAUUCUGUGGUUGGAGAUCUCUAUAUCAUGGAAUUACAGUUCCCAGGGUAAUACUGUUCAGCUGGUAUUGUAGAUAUGCCCCAUAUCAUUUCCUUAGUAAAGCAAUGGCCUAAAGAAUAUUACAGCUUGCUGGGAAUUACUAUUAGGAUUCCAGUGAUAGACUGUGGCCACAGAUAUGAUACAUUCUGGAGGUUACUUCUUUGUUCUAAUUGAUAUGCAUACCUAAGGUCCUUACUUUCUGCUGUGGGAUUUAAUAUUCCAUGACAUUUUGGCCUCUGAUCCAUUGGUUAGUAUGCAAUAUUAUUAUCUUGUUGGUCACAGGGAAUGCGAUGCAUUAUAGCUUUUAUUGAACUUAGUUCCGUUGGUGGAAGGAAUAAUGAAGGUGCAAUAUAUUGGCAAAAUUGGCAUAACCAAAGUAAUUCUAAUUUUCAGAUUAACUCAUGUGAUCAGAAUCUGACCCGAUGCUGUGAAAUCAUGGAACUGAACUCCAUGAUUCAGGGGCAGCUCUUCACAAUCCUGAAUAAAACAAGCCAAGAAGGUGAGGUUGUUCCAAGCUCUGCAUGUAUGGUUUAUGUGCAUAUAUUUAUUACAGGUGAUGGUUAGCUUGUGCCCAGAUAUUUAUAACAUUUUAUCAAUAUUUAUUGCCCUUCCUUUCUCUUUCACUCAUUGACCCAGGUGGACAUUAUGCUGGUGUGGAUACAAUAAAGUCUCGUCUGUUGCCAUGGCUGGGCACUUGUUUUUCUAGCCACACUUGUGGAAGCUCUUCUCACUUGCAGGUACAAUAAACUUUUAAUUUCCCCCUUUUUUCUAGAAUAGGUUGGAUGCAGAGAUGCACCCAUAGGAAGGUGGAAGGUGACUUUCCUGUAAUGUCUUAUUGUUACUUUUCUAAUCUAUAGCUGCUUUGUGGAAGUCUUCCAUAGUUGAGAACUGUGGCUGUUUUAUAUUUUUGUAUAAUGGAAAUAUUAGCCUAAUAAUAAUAUUUAUACCCCACUCAUCUGGCUGGGUUUCCCCAGCCACUCUGGGUGGCUCCCAGCAGAAUAAAAAAGUGAUAAAAUAUCAAACAUUAAAAACUUCCCUAAACAGGGCUGCCUUCAGAUGUCUUGUAAAAGUCAGGUACAGUGGUGCCCCACAAGACGAAUGCCUCGCAAGACGGAAAACCCGCUAGACGAAAGGGUUUUCCGUUUUUCGAUGCGCUUCGCAGGACGAAUUUCCCUAUGGGCUUGCUUCGCAAGACGAAAAUGUCUUGCGAGUCUUGAGAUUUUUUUCCGCUUUCCCCCCCUUUUUCUAAGCCGCUAAGCCGCUAAUAGCCUUUUAGCAGCUAAGCCGCUAAGCCUUUUUAAUAGCCGCUAAACCGCUAAUAGCACUAAGCCGCUAAGCCGCUAAUAGGGUUGCUUCGCAAGACGAAAAAACCGCUAGACGAAGAGACUCGCGGAACGGAUUAAUUUCGUCUUGCGAGGCACCACUGUAGUUGUUGAUUUCCUUGACAUCUGAUGGGAGGCAUUCCACAGGGCGGGUGCCACUCCUGAGAAGGCCCUCUGCCUGGUUCCCUGUAACCUCACUUCUCGCAGUGAGGGAACCGCCAGAAGGCCCUCGAAGCUGGACCUCAGUGUCCGGGCUGAACGAUUGGGGUGGAGAUCAGGCGUGCUUUGGAGGUGAAAUUUCUUAUUGGUGAGGGGCUUCUCUCCACUUUCAAGUAGACUUUGCUGUGUAGCAAACAUUGUUGAUAGAAGCUAAUUUCUCCCGAAGCUUGUGUUUCCUUUUACUGAAUAAAAUGCAAGCACUUUAUUUAAAAUCAGUUUAAGAUAUAUCACAAUAUUUCUGAACCAUUAACAGAACUCCCUGCCUGCCCCCCGCCCCCGGACAUACAUUCAUUUCUAGCUUUUACACACUGUGUUUCUACUUCACUGUAGGAAUCACGUGAAAAAGACAGAUGGAUGAAGGAAUUGGCCUGCACCCGGGACCAGGAAAUACAUCAGCUGGAGAAAGAGCUGAACAGCACUCGUUUACAGCUCAGUUUUGUACAACAAGAGUAGGACAAUUAACUUUUUUCCAUUCAUACAUUUUUCGUGCACUAAGGUGUCGAACUAUAAGGAUAAGUGGAAUUGCAGUUUUGUGGCUGUAGUGAAAGCCUUUUAAGCCACCACAUGGUGGUGAAAAGCCACUUUUAAAAAUAAUAUUUCCACAAUGACAUUUCCAACCCACCUUUUCCUAACUGGACUUUGUUAAUUGCAUCUUUAUCUAAGUACAAUAGUACCUUGGUUCACAAACGCCUUGCGACGUGAACGUUUUGGCUCCCAAACGCCGCAAACCCGGAAGUGAGUGUUCCUGUCUGCAAAUGUUCUUUGAAACCCGAACAUCCAACAGGGCUUCCACGGCUUCCAAUUGGCUGCAGGAGCUUCCUGCAGCCAAUCAGAAGCCGCGCCUUGGGUUCUGAACAUUUUGAAAGUUGAACGGACUUCUGGAACGGAUUCUGUUCGACUUCCGAGGUACCACUGUAAUGGCUGUGAUGAUUCCACAGAUGUAGAAUAGAAGCAUGCCUGUAAACUGCUUAUGUGGGUGGACCACAUGAACUUAUGAAGCAUACUGAACCCCCCAACAGUUCACAUUUAUAGGAUAAUUCAACCGGUCCAGUCCCCUUCUGUCAAUGCAGCUCAGAAGGUUGUUUCUGGGUCCAGGAUCGGUUGGUGCUACGUUGACAGUUUCCUGUUUUUGGUGCAGAAGUUUCCCAGAUGAAAGGGUACUUCUUUAUUUAUUAUAUUCCGGUUACAAGCUAUAAUGUUGACUCAAGAGCUUGAAUAGUAUUGUGUGAGCAUGCCCUAGAUCAAAAGACAUACAACCAAGUCUUUUAUUUCAUAAUAUACCAGUAAUGUGCUCUUCGGUGACAUUUUAGCUAAUCUCAGGUGAAUAACACAAUAUAUCUGUUAUACGUUUAUAGCAUUCUUUUUUAAAAGCUGAACGGAAUUCGCUUCUUUCACAACGCUGGAAAUGAGUCCCCUAAAGCUUAUUUUCACUGUUGCAGCCAGUCAGUUUCUGAAAGUUCAUCUAUAUAGACAGCUUUUCAGUUUAAUCUAUUGACACACGUUCAGAAUGAUCUUCAAUGUAGGGAGUGAAAUUGCAAUUGCUUUUAGAUGUGUGUUCUGUUUCUUGAUAGUGUGACACGUUCAAAUCAAUUACUUCAACAACCUUUGUUGUAUCUCUGUCCUUUCACCUUUGUUCUAAUAAUCACGCACGGUGCUUUUUUUCUAAAAAAAAAGUUUAGGGGUACUCUCGUUUUCCUACUCAUAUUGAAAUACUGCCCCUCCAUGAGGUCAAACUUAGAUUCAGAAAAUGUUUAGGGCUAUGCAUCCCCCUGGGAAAAAGCACUGAUCACACACACAAAACAACAACAAUGGUUUAUCACGGCUGUGUGAAAGAAUUGGUUCCCUUUCUCUGUACAGCCUGUGUAUGAAAGAAGACAUGAGGAAUUGAUACAGAGAUAAUCUAUUGAAUUGGGAUUUGAGGAGGGAGUGUGUAUAUGAUUGUUUUUGUGUUUGUGUAGGCAGCGGAAUGAAUAAGCAGUGUUGUUAGAUGGUGUUUGCCAAUCUGUGAGAAGUAUGGACACAGAUUUAACGAUCAAUUCAUAUGCUAGGAUGAAUCCAGAGCCUAUGCUUUGUACUGUAUAGAUGGUCAAACGUUCACUUUCCAGCCAUCUCCAGUUAAAGGAUCUCAGGGAUCAAACCUGGGGAAGAUCGCUCCUGGAGUCAAUGGGCCAAUGGCGUAAGACAGGUUCAAAUGCUGGUUUUUGAGAGAAGUGACCUGAAAUACAUGCUUGCAGCAGGUGUACAAAUACUGGCUUUUGUAAGCAAAAUUGCCUAAGCAUAAAAAUUGCCCUGAGUUUGGAAUUGGUGUUUGUUGAUGUUUACUGCUGUGGUUGUUAUAGCUGAUGUGCUUAUGUGUUGACGGGCUGGCUCUGCAGUGUACUUGUUUUUCCAAAUGCAAAUACCCUUCUAAGAUUUUAUUUCCUGUUUCGUUGCAUGCGUUAGCAGAAUUUGUGCCAUUUGUAUUAAAGGCGUAUCUCUGGGUGUUGAUUUCUCUUGCAGUUUAGCAGAAGCCCAGGUGGCUCUUGAAGACACAAAGGCCAAAUCCGCCACCACUCUUUUGGCAGCAGAGGAUGAAAUUGUUCAGCUAAAAGCAGAGUAAGGAAAACACGGUGGCUGGCAAAGUUGGUUUUGGAUUAUCUUUGUGUGGUUGGUCACAUUGGUUACAUUUGUAACAUCACAGUGCUGUGAAAUGAACGUGGCUUGUUGUUGCAUCUGAACAAGGAAUAAGACACAGUUUAUUUAAACAAGCCGGCUUCAUAACCCAUGAUUUGAAACUGGCUUGUUUUGAAAUUUACUGUAGUUAGCAAUAAACAGCAAAGCUGCGUUUGGAUGAAGUAAUAAGCCAAAUUCAAUGGAAACUGAAAGAGUGGGGGGGGGGGAGGCUUCCAAAUUCUUCAUCCUGGCUGUGCAGGAGAAAGACCAUGGGAGCCCAGGGCUUGCUCAGGCUUGUUGCGACUUGUGCAUGUUGUGCUAAAUCAUGGUUUAGUGGGAUGUACAAACACAGCCAUUGUGUGAUGUUGAUUCCCACUGCCCCAUUUUCUGUUGCUCUAGGCCAGGGUUUCCCAAACUUGGGUCUCCAGCUGCUUUUGAACAUCAUCCCUAGCUAGCAGGACCAGUGGUAAGGGGUGGUGGGAAUUGUAGUCCAAAAACAGCUGAAGAACUGAGUUUGCUUUAGGCAAAUGCUGAUGAAUCUUCCUCCCAGUACCAAUCUCUGAAAAGAAGAGCUUUGGUUAUAAUGUGAGCAAAAUAUAAUCAUGUGUGGCUGGCUAUUUUUAGUUGGUUUACGAUAAUGGGGCUUACUUGUUGCCCUCUGGAAAUCACUGGACCCCAACUUCCAUCAGCCCUGGCCUUCUUGGCCAGUUGUCAGGGAUUAUGGGACUUACAACAACAUUUGGAGGACCACAGGUUAGCCACGUGUGGUUAACAAUAUAUGUUGACACUGCAACUUUCAAUUUGCUGAGCUGCCAUAGUUUUUCCCAUUGAAUAUCGGCCAUAACUUCUCAGUACAAAUCUGCAAUUCUCUGAAUUCUUCUUAAACUAUUUCAUGGGUGGUGUAGAUGUGCCCCCACGGUCUUUAAGCACAUCAAGCAUUUAUACAUAGUUUCCUCUGGUUUUCAGCAUAUCUUUGCCUGGCAAAUUGCAGCUUAGGCACAUCUUUUAUAUUUGCAGUAAUCUGUGUAGAGAAAACUCAAGCCUAUGAUGCAUUUUGUUUCUGUUCUUCCUGAAGCAUGAAUGUCCCCAUGUAAGAAAUCUGAGGCAGUUUGAGGUCAGAUACAUGACUCUUUGGUUGUGGUGCCAAUGUGCGUAGAAAAUCAAUUAGCCAUGCCUUGUGUACUGAAUGGUUUGGGUCUUGUUACUCCUCAAAUCCAAAUGAAAGUCUGUUCAAGUUACUUUCAUUGAUGAUCUUAAAUUAGCUUAUCUAAGCUAUGUCGCUAGAUUUUUCCUGACAAACACACGACACUGUUCUUGUGAUUUAGGUGAGCCUGUUUUUCUAUAAUUAUAACUUGUUGAAAAUGUUGCCUGUUCUCUAAUAUCAGUCUUCAGAGUUGGUUUCCCCCUUUACAGGGGAGACAUCAAGUGUAGAAUACAGUGGUACCUCGGGUUAAGUACUUAAUUCGUUCCGGAGGUCUGUACUUAACCUGAAACUGUUCUUAACCUGAAGCACCACUUUAGCUAAUGGGGCCUCCUGCUGCCGCCGCGCCGCUGGAGCACAAUUUCUGUUCUUAUCCUGAAGCAAAGUUCUUAACCUGAAGCACUAUUUCUGGGUUAGCAGAGUCUGUAACCUGAAGUGUAUGUAACCCAAGGUACCACUGUAAUUGAAUGAUGAUAGAUCAUGUGAUAUAAAUGUAUUACAUUUGUACAUAUGCAGCACAUGACUACACAAAAUGUAUAACUUUGUGUUUUGAUGUGUGUGUGUGUGUGUGUGUGUGUGUGUGUGUGUGUUUGAAAGCUGUCUCUUGCUAAAGGAUUAUUUAUUUACUUAAUUUUUUUAUAGCCUGCCCUUCAUAAAUAUAUUGCCAUAAAAAGUUAAAAAUACAAUAUCAUAAAAUAAGAUCACACAAGCUCAGAUUAUUGGUGAUCACCCAGUCCCCCCGCUGCACCCAGACAACAGUCCCGCUUGUGUACAGCCUCCCUGACUCAGAUGUUAUGGAGAAGUAGAGCUGUGUGUCGUUGGCAUGUUGAUGACACUUUGUCUUAGAAUUAGUGCACACAGUGGCUUCACAUAGGUGUUAAACAGCAUUGGGGCAAAGUUAUUCCUUGUGAGACACCACAGCACAAAGAUCAUGGAGCUGAAACACAGUCAUCCAAUGCUACUAUCUGAGUAUGACCUUCUAGGUAGGAAUGGACCUGUUCUAUAACAGUGCCCUAAAUACUCAUCACCCAGAGCUGGUCCAGAAGGAUGCCACGGUCUCUGGUAUCAAACCCCAAAGAGAGAUUGAGAAGCAGAAGGAGGCAGGAUGAGGAGGUUCUUGGCUUGUAACAUAUAUACCCUAAGCAACUAUACUACAUAAUUACCGGUACAUCCCUAAACCUAUUUUUGUGGCAUUACAACUUGAAAAGUGAGUUGAGAAAUUUCGCGUUGCUUUUGGUGGGCAAAAAUGGUUGGUUUAUAUCUAAAAUGUACAUACGACAAGCUUCAUUUUGCACUCCCCUUGCUGCAUAGUGAUCACUCUGAAAUUCUUCAUGGUUUUAUAAGCUCUUUCAAAUAGAUUACUUGGUAUAGUUUAAAAGCAGGAUAUUGAUUGCUGUAGAAACACCUCUUUUGAUUGGAAUUAUUUUUUGUGUGUAUGUGCUAAAGGCUAAAGGCUUCUCGGGUAAAAGAAGAGUGUGCUUUGAAAAAUCUGGACCGAAUGAGUGAUUAUGAGCAGCAGCUUCAAACCCUGAAGGAUGAGAUUGCCAUCCUUGGUGCUCAAAAAUCUCUUCUCCAAAACAGGUAAGGGUUUUCAUCUGAUUUAAGUAGCCACGAAAACCAACAAAUUAGUACCAUUUGCACAAGGAGAUGAACUUCCCUCCCUCUCCUCAUGCACCUUCUGUGCGCCUUCUAAAUCGGUUUUUGGGGUUUCCCCCAGCCCUCCAGAGCAGAUUUGGGGAGGGCAUGGGCCCCUUGGGGAGAGAAGGAAGAAGACAAGUUCCAUUGUGUGAAAAGAACUGCUUUGUCGUCUAUCGACCUAUUAUGGCUUGGCUCCAGAGAUGCUAUGCUUCAAGUUAUCUAAGGGGGACUUUAGAUAUCUAUUGAUGGAACUGAAAAAAAUUGUAGCUCAGAGCAAUGGAUUAUUUCAUGAUGAUGGCAUCAGUUUACACAAUGCUUUGUAGAGUAAUGUAAGCAAAGAAAAAUACAGGUCUCUCUCCAGGCAUAACAACAAUCAUCUUUAAUGAAUAAACUGGUUUUGAAAGUUCUCUUUCUCUAAAUUCUGCUUCUUGAGAUAAUAGGCUAAACCAGAGAUGGAGAACCUAUGGCCCUCUAGUUAUUGCUGGGCUACAACUUCCCUUAUCCCUGACCAUAGGCCAUGCUUUCUGGGGCUGAUGGGAGAGGCCCACAGGUUCCUUACCCUUGGUCUAGAACAGCCUUUCUCAACCUGUGGGUCCCCAGAUGUUGUUGAACUACAACUCCCAUCACCCUAGCUAGCAAGGCCAGAGCUCAGGGAUGAUGGGAGAAGUAGUCCAACAACAUCUGGGGACCCACAGGUUGAGAACCGCUGGUCUAGAACAUACAUUUGUAAGGAUAAAGAUCUUCCAUUAAUGUGAUUUUAAAAUUUUGUUCCAGACUUGCACUAAGCCGAUCUCCUUCCCCGAGAUCUAUCCGAAGCAGAUCACCUAGUCCGCUUCCCAAGAGAAGUUCCUCACCUGGACGAGCGAGACUUACAAACGCCUCCCGACAUGCUCGCCUUGUGGAACGCUUCAGUGACAUUUAUGCUCAGGAGCGCUUGGAUGCUCAAAGCCUCCUGAGAAGUUAUGUCGACGAUCUGGAGAUGGUUCAGAGAAUAAUCUAUACUGCAGUUGUGGUAGGAAGUGUAACAAUAUUUCUUUUCAGAGUCACUCACUCACAUAACCUAGUGGUAGACAAACCUUAUUUUUGCAUCAGCUGGAGUCGACAACAGUCAGUUGGCAAUCCUAAACACACCUAGGAGUGAGCUCUGUUUAACUCAGUGCAGUCUGAGCAGACAUAUACAGGGUUGCACUGUCAGUUCAUUAGCUUCUCUUUCCAUUGCGGGAGUUUCUGGCAUCUGGUCUCACUGCUGAAAUGGAAAGUUAUUGUAAACCUCUAAUAUGGCAAGCAGUCUCAUUUUAAAAACUUGUACUGGUAUAGAGGAGCUUAGGAAUGAAUGGGAUCACAUUUGAAGGUAAAACAGAGUGGAAUUGUGGCUCAAGGCUGGUAGAAUGCUUCCACAUAUACUCUUACAAACUAGUUUUUAAAAGCCUUCUUUAUAGCCAUAUCAUAGAGAUUGAUCAACCAACUCUGGGUUCUCCGAGGGGAAACAGACCCAAUUCACUUUGUGACUGUCUGGUGGUUUUUUUGUUAUUUAUUUAAGAACCCAACAGUCACACGGAUGGCAAAUUCCAUCCAAAUAUGAUUUUGUCUGGUGCUGUUUUUGAUUAUAGGUGUUUUUGAUCUGCUGUUUAUGCCUUGUCUUGGAAUAUUGCUGAAUUGCCUCUUUUGUACAAGUUUCUUUCAUCUUUUUUAUAUAUUUCAUCUCCUUACCUGACCAUGUUCAGUUUUCUAUCUUUCUUCUUUCUUCUUUGAAGUAGUAGAAUACUUUGUUAGUUUUUCUGUAGAUUUAAAUUUUUUUAAGACCCCUGGAGCAGAAGUGAUGAUAACUUGCCAUCACGGAAAGAUAUGGUGGCAUAACUUUUUGUGUCGCAAGGACUCAAGGGCUAUUAUUGGAUGUCCAGAUGCAAGCUCUGGAGCUGGAGCUGGAGCAGGGUUACUAUAUAAGAUGAAUUAUCACAUUGAGGAGCAAUUACUCUACCUGUGAAGUUAGGAUUCAGAAAAUUUACCGUAUUGGCCCGAAUAUAAACCUGACUUUCCCCCCCAAAUUCCGACCGUGAAAAGCUAAAGUGUAGCUUAUAUUCACAACCUUAUGCCACCAGCAAAGCAGCGCAGCUUCCCCCCCCCCCCCCCAGGAAGCAGCCCAGGUAUUUUUUUUUUCUUUUUGAACCCCCUUCAAUUUUAAAAGUGCGGCUUAUUUGCGGGUGCGGCUCAUAUGCAGGCCAAUACGGCAAAUGGCCUCUGUUUUCUUGGGCUUUUAGAUGUAACUAACUAUUUUAUCAUUUGCAGGAAUCUUUCCGUGCCGCAAAGAUGGCCUUCAGACAGUUCAAAAUGCGUGUUCGAAAAACCCUGUCCCUAAGUUACUCAGGGCCUGAAUCGCUUGAAGACAUGGUCAUGGACUACAUUGUUCGCCAGGAGGAUCUGUACGAUGUUCAAGCCAGCGUCUGCGUAAGUCUGUGAGAACAUUCUAUCCCUUUGGAUAAUAGUCAUACCAUGGCCACCUUCCCAUUUUGACUCUCUGGCAUCCUAUCUACAUAACCUAGCAAUUCUAAAAUACAGACGUGCUUUUACUCUCGCAAGAUUGAAUGUGUAUUGCCCUCGGCUGUACUUGAGGCACGAUUCCAACAGAUUCCACACGAAAAACGCUUAUGUCCCUGUGGAGAUGGCAGUACCGAAUCAGUGGCACAUGUCCUUCUGGCUUGCACUCUUUAUAAAGACUUGAGGAAUAAGGUUAUCACUUCUCUUUUAUUGUCCAUUCUGGGUCGCCCAGCCACUGCCACAGUGUCCUUUCUCUUGGCAGAUCAAGAUGAGCAGAUGACAGCAAAGGUUGCAAGGUUUUUAGCUGGAGCAAUCAGUAUAAGAUCCACUAUUUGACUAUUGAUUCAAAACCCUAAAAUGUAUUUUAUAUAACUGACUUUUUAUUUCUAUUCUUUGUAUAUCGUAUUGUUGUUUUAUUGCUAUGGCCAAUGGCUGAUGCAAAUAAAGAUUCAUUCAUUCAUUCAUUCAAAACAUUGUAUCCUACCAAUGCUCUGCUUAGCUUAAUGAAACUUGAGAAAUGUGUAGAUGAUACCUUCCUGCCACCCUGCUCCCAAGAAACCACCAGUGAACACCAUGUACAUAUGACAACUUUCAUGAGUAGGGCAAUUGACACUUUGGACACAUUAAUUGUAUUCUCUCUCACUUACAAAAAUUUUGGUAAGUUCAGUUUUGUGCAUUUUCUAGAAAAUGAACCGUUUCUGUCCCUUUCCUUUCAGGAGGUCAUUCGUGCAAUGAAUAUCAACCCUAAGAUUUCCUUCCCACCGGAAACCGAUUUUAUCAUGAUCAGCGGCUUAAUACGCGAGUUGUGUCGCGUCGCCUUUUCAAUGCAGACUUUGGAUCCUCCACUUGACAUUUCUUUUGGUACGGAUGGAGAACUUUUCAGCGAGUACAAGUGAGUGGAAUGAAAGUAUGCGGUCUUGUGUUUCCAGUGGAAAAAUAAAGUGUGCCAAAGUUAUGGCAGCGCGUAAGGAUAGAAGAAGAGCCUGCUGGAUCAGCCCAGUGGCCCAUCGACUUGCACAUCCUGUUCUCACAGUGGCCAGCAAGAUUGCCUAUGGAAAACCCCCAAACAGGAUUCGAGCAUAGGAACAACCUUUCCCCUCUUGUGGUUUCCAAAAGCAUAUUCAAAAGCAUUACUGCCUCCAAUCAUAUGUCAGUUCUGUUUGUACAUGCUGAAUUAGAGCUAAUUUUAAUAAUAAUGAUAAUAAUAAUAAUAAUAAUUUUAUUAUUUAUAUUCUACCCAUCGGGUUGGGUUUCCCUAGCCACUCUGGGCAGCUUACAGCAUAUAUAAAAACAUAGUAAAACAUCAGACAUUAAAAACUUCCCGCAACAGGGCUGCCUUCAGGGGUCUUCUAAAAGUUGUGCAGGUCUUUAUCUCCUUGACAUCUGAAGGGAAGGUGAUCCACCGGGAGGGCACCACUACCAAGAAGGCCCUUAGCCUGGUUAUUGUGAAUGUUAAUGUUAAUGUUAUUGUGAAUGUUAUUUAAUACAGUCAUACCUUGGAAGUCAAACAGCUUGGUUCCCAAACAUUUUGGCUCCUGAACGUUGCAAACCCGGAAGUGAGUGUUCCAGUUUUCGAACUAUUUUUGGAAGUCGAAUGUCCAGCGGGGCUUCCGAUUGGCUGCAGGAACUUCCUGCAGCCGAUCAGAAGCUGCGCUUUGGUUUCUGAACGCUAUGGAAGUCAAACGGACUUCCAGAAUGGAUUCUGUUUGACUUCCAAGGUACGACUGUAGUUAUAAUAAGUAAUUAGAAACUUGGCAAGGUGCAUUCUCUUGUUAGUCACUUCGUACACAUAUGAUCAGAAGUGGCCUGUGCCACAUUGUGUACGUACAUUGCCGCUCAGGACCACAAUGUCUCAAGGACCACCUCUCUCCAUACAAACUGACCCAGACCCUGAGAUCAUCAUCUGAGGCCCUUCUUCAUGUGUCUCCUCUGAAAGAGGUCUGGAGGGCGGCAACAUGAGAAUGGGACAGGCCUUUUCUGCAGUGGCUCUCUGUUUGUGGAAUGUCAGCUCUUUUCUAUGAACCUCUCUGAGACCUCUAGGUAUAGGGUGGUAUAUAAAUUCAAUAAAUAGUAAUAAUAAUAAAAUUACAUAUCCUUAUGUACCAGGCAAAAAAUGUUUCUCUAUAACCAGGCCUUUGGCUGAUUUAACAUUCUUUGGCCUUUUAAAUGUGUUUGUGGGAGGGGGUGUUAUUGUUUUUCUUUUAUUAUGUAUUCACCUGAUUUUUUAAAAAGUUAAUUGGGAUAGCUCCAUGUGCCCUUGUUCUGAAUUACUUGAAAGAAGAUGGAAUAAAGUAACUGCAAGAGGAGCAUGUGGACUGCUAACUCUGCUGUAAGCUAAACCUCUUUGCACCUCACCAGAUAUCGUCGCAGCUACGACUCUGAAUUUACAGCUCCCUUGGUGGCCUAUCAUGUAUGGCCUGCUCUUAUGGAAGAAGAUACUGUCCUGGUGAAAGGAGAGGCAGUCACAAGAAGAGGCGCUGUGGUAGGUAUUCUUCAUUACUCUGGUAAAGAUUUAAACUCAUAGACUUGGAUCCUAAAUUGCUUUCCAGUAAUGAGGUGGUGAUUACUGCCAACUCCUCUUCCAUCUGCAGGCCCCUGUGACAUAUCCCAAGCCAUUCCCAAAGGCCCCAAACCUCCAGGAGAUUUGGGGCAAGGCACAGGGCUCUGCAGAGGGGAGAGGGAGGCUGAAAAAGCCCUGCUCUGUGAACAUAGCUUUGCUUUAUUUACAGAAGCAAAGUUUGGGUCCAGGUCAUAGAUUCUAUCCCAGAAAUGUCUGAAUGAAGCAAUUCACAAACUAGCUGGUAUUCUGGAGCACCAGCUCCUUCCCAUGAGUAGUAUCCUUGCCCCUAGGCGACACCCUUCUGUGUGGUAGUCAGAAGGGUGAAUCCAUGAGCAGAGAUCUGUUUCUGUUUGCUAAUCUAUCCCACCGAGUUUGGCUGAUUUAUGUUGGAGAUGUCUUUACUUAUUUUAGGCAUUUAUAUACCACCUAGUUACAGUCGUACCUUGGAAGUCGAACAGAAUCUGUUCCGGAAGUCCAUUCGUCUUUCAAAACAUUCAGAAACCAAAGUGCGGCUUCUGAUUGGCUGCAGGAAGGUCCUGCAGCCUAUUGGAAGCCCCGUUGGACGUUCAGGUUCCAAAGAAUGUUUGCAAACCGGAACACUCACUUCCGCGUUUGCGGUGUUCAGGAUCCAAAAUGUCUGAAUACCAAGGCGUUCAGGAUCCAUUGUAUGACUAUAUUUGCAUUUCUAAAAGGUAAGGGUAAAGGGACCCCUGACCAUUAGGUCCAGUCAUGACCAACUCUGGGGUUGCAGCACUCACCUCGCUUUAUUGUCCGAGGGAGCCGGCGUACAGCUUCCGGGUCAUGUGGCCAGCAUGACUAAGCCACUUCUGGUGAACCAGAGCAGCUCACGGAAAGGCCGUUUACCUUCCCGCCGGAGCGGUACCUAUUUAUCUACUUGCACUUUGACGUGCUUUCGAACUGCUAGGUUGGCAGGAGCUGUGACCGAGCAACGGGAGCUCACCCCAUCGCAGGGUGAACUGCCGACCUUCUGAUCGGCAAGUCCUAGGCUCUGUGGUUUAACCCACAGCGCCACCCGUGUCCCUUCAUUUGCAUUUCUAGUUGUGUACAUAAAAAACAUCCACAGAAAGCAAGGAGGGGGCCUGAUUAAUGUCAGUUGGGAUAGAGUUCCACAGGCUUGGAGCCUCUACACCAAACACAUUGUUUCUAGUAGUUACAAGCCAUGCAUCUAAGCUGUGGGGAACCAUCAGCAGAGCCUCUCUCAAAGAUCUGAGUGACUGGGCUGGGAUAUAAGGUAGUAUCUAAGAUAUCCUGCAACAUGUAAGUUAAUACAAGAACUGUGAACCUUACCCAGUAACAUAUGGGCAACCUAUGGCCCUCCAGCUGUUAAUUGAACUCCCAGCACCCAUCAACCCAGCAUGUUGUGGAUUACACCAACAGUGGUUUGGAUUAUGACACUGACAUUGGUAUGUUUCUUAUUAGUCAGUCCCUUUCAUGACUGAGCUGAGAAUAUGCUUGGAGCAGUUAUCAAGAAGUAGUCCCUUCCACCAAUGUAGGCUGUUAUACUGCUUUGCACAACCUGUAGUUCCAGUGGUGUUUCCAGAAGGAGCUGAGAUUUCAAAGGGGCUUGUGUAUGGAACAACUCCCAAGAAUAUAAUAAUUUUUUUGUACCACACCAUCUGGCUGGGUUUCCCCAGCCUCUCUGGGCGGCUCCCAACAAAAUAUUAAAAAUACAAUAAAGCAUCAAACAUUAAAAACUUCCCUAAACUGGGCUUCCUUUGGAUGUCUUCUAAAAGUCAGAUAGUUGUUUAUUUCCUUGACAUCUGAUGGGAGGACAUUCCACAGGGUGGGUGCCACUACCGAGAAGGCCCUCUGCCCGCACAUGAGGCCUUAACUGGGAAGCACGUUAGAGUCAUGCGAAUCCAGCCUUUUCUUUCGGAGAGCAGCCUUCCUCUUACAUAAUGUGACCACAGUGACUGCUGCUUGCUUAAUAUACCUUUUCUCAUAUUCUAUAUUUUGUUUCAGUGGUCUCAAAGGGGUAGAAGCAGAAGCCGCAGCCGAAGCCGCAGCCGCAGCUGUAGCUUGAGGCCCCUCUCUCCUAGUGCAGGCCACUCCCGACAUUUGGUAAAGUAGAAUAGCCUGAUCAACGUAAUAAUCCAAGAUAAAAACAAAGCCAGUGGUAAAUGAGAGGUAUUGCAAAAAGGAAAGGGGGCUGAGGGGGGGCGCUUAUGCCCCUUUGUGAUUUGAGCGUUGAAUGAUGAGGGCAGGCUCAGCAUGGUAAAAGAUUGGGGAUUUACUUGUGAAGGAGGGAAGUAUAGACAGAUGUGUUUACCAAUCUAUACAGGAUGGGCACAAGCCUACCCCUCAUCAUCUGUCUGCGAAUGCAUGAGAAUAUCUUUUUGGACUCAGUGGUGACUCAGUUUUGGGUAUAUUUGGAGGAAACUAGACCAAUUUCAAUCCAAUUUCAGGCAUGGUCAUAGUACCAAAUCUGCCUUAUUUAUUCUGGCUGAUGACAUGUGUCUGAAAAGAGAGAGGGGACUACAGCCCUUUAUGUUCUCCUUUAUCUUUCUGUGGCUUUUGAUAUCCUUGGCCCAGUAUCCUUCUACAACACCUCUGGGAGGUGUGGUUUGUAUCCAAAAGCUCGGGCUGUUUCUAUAAAUUAAUUAUGGGGGCCCAUUUUUUGGUGCCAUGGGAGUAGCCUUGUGGGGUUCCAUCUUUAUCCCCACAUCAUUUAACAUCUGUUUGAAACAGAUGGGGGUUGUCAUUGUGAGUGAGGUUUCCUCAAUAUGUGAGUGAUGCCCAGCUCUGUCUCUCCAUUCCACCUGAAAUCAGGAAAUGUGGUUCAGUUGCUAGACUGGUCCUGGGAGGCUUGCAUGGGCUGGAUGUGGGCCAAUGAAAUGAAACUGAAUCCUGAUAAGAAAGUUCUGAGUUCUUAGGUCCAAGGGAUGGGGAGAUUUCUUGUUCCAGGCAGGGUUUCACUCUUCUGGAGGAAACAGAUAACAUACCUUGGGAUUCCUACUGGAUUCAACAUUGCACAGGUGUCCUCAGUGGUUAGGAGUGUUUGUUUCCAGGUUCAAUUCCAGCUGCUCUCAUUAGUGACUUAAGACUAAAAUAUCUGAAAGGCCUCCCCCUUUCCUAGAUAUCCUUUCAGGUGUUAGUUUGGAAGAGGGGUUCUUUUGGUAGUUCAGCCCUCAAAGAUGCAGGUGGUGGUGGCCUGGGUGAGGGCAUUCUCUGUGGCAGCCCCUAUACUAUGGAAUUCUCUCCCCACAGAAGGGCAUCUGAAACCAUCAUUGUAUAGCUUUUGUCAUAUGCUGAAGAUGCUGCGGUUUUUAGCCCGUGAGAUAUUUUUAGGACCCACCCUAUUCUUCUAGUUGCAAAUUGUUUUAACUGAUUGUAAUAGUGUUGUAACUUGUUCUGGGACCAUACGGUCAAGGGCGGGUAAGAAAAGUAAGAAGAUAAAUAAGUAAAAGAUCAGCAUUCGUGAAUUAAUCCAUGAAUAAAAACACUGGGUGUGUUCACAGCAUGUGUUUCGACCUCAUGGCUGUUUAGGCUAAUGGAUUUGCCAUUCUGUAAUUUACCAUUGAUGUUGUGCAUACUAUAUGCACAUAUGAAAUAGGGAGCCCUCUAUUCCUUCAAAAGCUUCUCAGCACUCUCUGAAUUUAAUUUUAACAGUAUAUGUAUAAAUAGCGCACUGCUAAAUCCUUGUGACUCAAUCACCGCUGUUAACAGGCUGAGUGUUCUUGUCUGUGGCAAUGAAGGCAUGAUGUGAAGGAAUAAAAAAUGGAUACUCUUCAGCAACGUUAAUCUAUGGUCUGGUUUAACCAGUCAUAUCCUGGUUUAAUAAACCAGAAUAUGUACAAUCUCUGUGCACCUGCCCACAACCUCUUUACCUCUCUGUUCCCACAAGUGGGGGAAUUAACUCGGAAGCUGCAAUUAGCCAUCAUUUUUUCUUAUGUGUGAACUGGGAUCUAUGGUUAUUGACUUCCAAACAAUCCAGGAUUCACAUGCCAUCUUCUUUAAAUCAUGGCUUCAUAUCCUGGUUUGUUUGGAAGCCAUUAUCCAUAGUUCCUAAUCUAUACAUAACAGGAAGUUAUGCUUACCUUCCUGGGUUGUUUUCCUGCUUCAGUAAAGGGAGGAGCAAAUGAGUUAUAUACAGGUUUGUGGAGCUUGUAGAUAUCCCAUCUUCUUAAGUAAUAAAGCCACAUUAGCACGGAACCCAAAAGCAAACCAGUUAAGCAGGAUUCAAGCUGAUUUAUUGUUCCCCUUAAUUUGUAAAUUGGAUUACCUCUCAUUUUAAAUAAUGUUAACCUGGUCCAUUUCUCGCACAUAUAUAGGAGUUGUUAUUUAUUUAAUCUGUGUUCCUCCCUCCGCUUUUUCCAUGGCAGGCUUGGCAGGAAAGUGAGCACAGCUAAGCCUCUCUUCCCCACCCCUUUUGUCUCCUUUUGUGGGAAGGCAAGGAAAGCAGGAAAAACUAGCAUGUUUACUUACCGUUCAGGUUUCCCCCAUGAGACCCAUGCCUGAAGGCUGCUUCACGUACAGGAGCACCAUUCUGGUUUUUGGCCUGCAAGAUUGUUCCAUAUAAGGGGAAUAUUGGUUGUUACACGUAUCAUAAAGUGAAGAAGAAUUGCACAAGAUUUUCAGUAAGUGGAUGCCAUUUUUGAGUCUUGCCCAAUUCAAAAAUGGCCUCCAUGGAAUGCUGGCCAUGUGACAGUCAGGACAGCUCCUUUUCCAGUGGCACUAGGGUAGAGAGAGAGAUCCUAGGCUGUUUGGGAAAAUCAUAUGCUGUUCCUCCUUCCCGUGUCAACAUCGCUCCUCCUGCGAACUGGAGUAAUGUUGAUCUGGGAAAGAACUGCAGGAUGUAUAGAGAUUUUCUCCUCUUUCAGUGUGACCAAGCAGGUCCCAGAUUAUCCUUCAAAACGUGGGAAGGAGUCACACUGCAGUAUAAGAAAAGAGUCUAAGUUCCCCAGUGGUAUUAGCUGUAUUUAGCUUCUACAACAUAAUGCCUUUUUAGAAUGAGUUGGGAGGAAUAAGACUAUGUUAAUUUUUCCUGUUUUGUGUGUCUUUUAGCGAUCCCGAAGCCGCAGCUCUUCCCCGUUAAGGAGCGGGAGCCCAAGUAAGUGGGCCUGUGCAGAACUUAGACGAUCAUGGCUUUGAAAUGCUUGAGCAAUCAAGUAAAAAGAUAAUGUAACAAUCUGCAGGGUGUUCUUUUACAUAUAUACAUAUAUAUAAAAAAACAGAACACACUGGUCUUCAUUUAUGGGAUUUUCAUUUUUUUUUUAAAUGUUGUAGACAGACUUCUGGUCUUUGUUUAUAGAAUUCUUUCAUCCAAAUUGUCCCAAACCAUGACGCCUUCUUCAUAUUUGUUGUAAUUAUACAAAAUCUCUGGUAAUUAUACAAAAUCUUUUAGAGCUGCCUUUCUGGAGACUAAUGAUCUCUCAAAGCCGCAAUCCAGCAUAGAUCUAAACAACACUUAAUAUAAUACUUACGGUAAUAUAAUUGGCUCAACCUCUAAGAUAAAAGCCAGUUCCAUUGCCAUUACUACUGCUGCUAGCCCUUUGAUUGACCGCAGAUUAACCCAAAGUGCUUGUGUUCAUGCACACACAUAUGUACAUAGGUGUAGAGCCAACUACACAUUCAUAGGCCUGCUAGGGUUGGGUAACUUUCUCCACCCCGAAACAGCUUUUCUUUACUGUUUUCUGCCAGAUUGACACCAAUGGGGUGGAGGGAAAUAUGUGUGCUUGGGGUCCAAUCACACUCCAUAGAUGUGUUGGGGAAGCAAGGGAGCUUUUAAUCCAGCGGAUACAAGGCUCUCCCAACACAAUCUGUUUGCUGCUAAUCGCUCUAUGCCUGCAGGGCUUUUUGUGUGUGCAUCAGGAUUUCUGGGGUGGACAUGCUUGCCCUGUUGGCCAAGUUGCCACCCUCAAAGAGAGAGCAUUAUUGGAUCAACUUACACAAAUAAUGUCUGGAUGGCCGAUACAGUCCUAUCUUGAAGUCCUUCAAUUGCAGAAGUUUACCCCCCAAAAAAGUUACAUACUGAAAUAUGUAUUUUUCUCCAAUAGGAAUUUAGGUUAACUGGAUAUGCUUUUUUGAUUCUGUACAUCUGGAUCAAUCUGCUUCUGUGGUGCCGCUUCCAGUUCCGAGAGUACCUCAAACCUCACUUAAAAUAAUGUGAACAGCAGCUUUGAAUCACUCCAAAAGGGGAGUGAAUGGGGGAUUGGUGAUUAUUAGUAUGGGUGGUUUUGUUUUUUGGGGUUUUGGGGUUGUUGUUUUUUAAGGGAAUAAAUGCAACAAAUCUGAUUAAAACUUGCAUAGGCAUUUUUAAAAAUUUGUUUGAUUUUUAAAACUUGUUUACACCACUCUUCUAGCAACGCUUUCAGGAAAAUAGUUACUGUCACAAGGAGUGCAGUGCCAAGAUCAUCUUUAUCUCACAAUGAUACACUUCACAAGACUGUUAAGUAUUCAGCACUAUGAUACAUUGAGGCUACCACUUGAGAUACAGUACUUGGUGCUUAUUUAGGGCUCAGCUGAUGUGAAGUUAAGGUCAUUAAAGUCCCAGAAAAAUCAAUGGGAUGUAGAAAUGCUGGCUCAUGCCAAUAAAAGCUGUUGGGACAAAGCACAGUCAUAAAAGCAUAAAAUGUGAUUAAAGUGUUUGAUUUUUAAAUUAAAGAAAAAAUAACAUUUGUAUUUUGAAGAUUAUAUUCCGGCUGGUCUGUUGUCCAGUUGUAACAUUUGGUGCUGAUAACAGUGUUUUUCUUCGAAGAGACUGGGCGUUUCUUUCUCUUCUAUACCGCAAGGCUAAAAGGAACACAAUGACUGUUUGAGUCCUUGUCCUUUUACAUAUAGCUAAGGUCCACAUGGGUCGGAACAUUAUUCUAAUGAGACCAGUCUCUUAUUUCUGAUUCCGGACAUGGUGCUUGAGCAAAUUGUGGAAUUUCCUUUUGUUACUACAAAACAGAAUGAGUUUUGCAUGGUUUUCUUCACUGAAAUUAUUUUGCCCUCUGGAAGAAAAAUCUAGUCGCAUUAAUUAGUCCUCUGGUUUCCAUAGGGAGUGUAGUCAACUUUACCUUCUUCCCAAUUUAAUGUACUUUGUAAUUUUGCUGAAUACUGCGAAGUUUACAUCAAUGUUGCAAAUUCCCCAUUGCCUGCUUCAAAUAAGUGAUAGUCAUGUAGACCAACUGAAAUUGCUGUUCCACCACUGGUUUACAUGAUCUGGGCAGACCUUUGAAGGUCUCCAUCCAAUAAAGCUCAUUGAAGAAAUGAACUGGCAACCAGUUUAAGCAUAAGAAACACUCGCCCUUGAUUAUGGCAAUGUAAACAUUGAAAUUUUACACCAAGAUAAAUUUAAUAGAGAGUUGCAAUCAUGUUGUAUGAUAUAUGUCAGGCAUAGGCAAACUCAGCCCUCCAGAUGUUUUGAGACUGUAAUUCCUAUCAUCCCUGACCACUGGUCCUGUUAGCUAGGGAUGAUGGGAGUUGUAGUCCCAAAACAUCUGGAGGGCCGAGUUUGCCUAUGCCUGAGAUGUGUUUCAAAGCACUUGUUUGCUUAGUCACAUAUUUUUGACACUUAAAUUAGAAAAGCUGGGGGGGAGGCUAAACUCCCCACCCCCACAAAAACCCACUUUAAAAAGGAUACUGGAUUGGUUCAGACCUCUUUCAUUACCAUAAGGAGGCAAUCAAAAGCUCCCACUCCUACCUGUAAGCUCACCAUUGUUCUACACCUGAAUGUGGAAAACCGUGGUUUAGUUAAAGCAGGCACCCCCAAACUCGGCCCUCCAGCUGUUUUGACUACAACUCCCAUCAUCCCUAGCUAACAGGACCAGUGGUCAGGGAUGAUGGGAAGUGUAUGGUGUAAGAACAAGCCAGGAUCUCAAAUGGUGAUUUCAUAGUGUCCUGUUCUCACUAAUCAUGGCUAAGCAAGCCACAGUUUCCGAAUUCGAAUGUGUCAGAGAAUUGUGGUUUGUUUAACACUUGAAGUGAAAACUUCCUGCCUUCUCCUGUAGCAUAUAAAAGGGGGGAAGCAUGCAGACCCAAGAUUUGUCAGUUUUUUCAUGUAGCAAAAAAAAAAAAAAUUGUUUCCCAUUCUACCUGAACUUGACCCUGGUAUGAAGUGAAGCUUAUCUACAUACCAAGGCCAUUGCAUAGCAGUGUGAAUUUCUAUUAUGUUUAUAUUUGAGCACUGUAAAGAGAAUAUACUAUCUUUCAUCACGUAUCCAGGUGAUUAGAUUAAAGGAAAUCUAACAAACAUUUCAAUAGCAUAUACAUGAAGGAUAGUAUUCCAAACAUUAUACUGAGACAUCCAAUCAAAAUUCUGUUCCAGGUGUUAGUAAGGCAUUGCACCUGACACAGGUUCAAAAUGUUUACUAAAAUAAUCAUUAGGCAGUGGAAAUGAAUAUGAUAAGCAUUGCUAAUGCUAUGUGAUUUUCCAAUACAGUGUUAUUUGUGAUCGGUGAUAAUGCUGUUACAUUGAGCUACACUCAGAGCAGAUUUAUGCUCUGCACAAGCUUAUGGAGAAUGCAAGUGACGUAAAUUUGCUCCUCAUGCAUACCAAUGAUUUUGUGUGUGAUAUGUCGUGGAAAGGUAUAUAAAAAAUGAAAGAUUAAAUAGACGCAGUACAUUAGAGCUUUUAAAACUGGUGUGUGGGUGUGGGUGUGUAUUUGAAGCAACUUUUCACCUAUCCUGGAUUAAAUGAGGACCCAUUCAGAUUUUACAUUCCUGGGUCCUUCCAGGUAGCCAUUACCCCACCAGUUAUGUAGAAAUUCUCAAUACCAAUGCAUAAAAUGAAUGUUCAGUGCUGAUCUGAAUAUGCUCUGUUUUGGGGCCAUUCCCACAAUAAGGAGUAUGACGUUAGGUCCCCUUAUUCACUCCAUUGUACUUUUUGGUAGGCAACUUGUGGUGAAUGUGCUUCCUUCCCAUGCAAACUUCACCAACUGUUUGGAACAGGCAACAUUUGCAUGUGACUAUUGCUCUCCCUGAGCACAGCUCCUUAUUAGGAUGUUACCAAAGAAGCAUGGAAAGAAGCCAUAGGAAAGUGGCUCCCAGAUCUCUGUGGUACUAAUGUAUGGAGCGGCCUUGUCAGAGAUCUAGGUUUGAAAUGAAGGAUGGGGUCAUGUAUAACCAUGUACAGUGGUACUUUGGUUCUCAAACUUAAUCCUUCUGGAAGUACGUUCCAAAACCAAAGUGUUCCAAAACCAAGGCACACUUUCCCAUAGAAAGUAAUGCAAAAUGAAUUAAUCCGUUCCUGACUUUUAAAAGUAACCCCUAAAACAGCAAUUUAACAUGAAUUUUACUAUCUAACGAGACCACUGAUCCAUAAAAUGAAAGCAAUAAUCAAUGUACUGUACUAUAAAAUAAAUAAGACAGUAUUCUAGCUGAACUGGGUUCCACACAGUAACAAACACACAUUAAUCAAAAAAGCCUCAAAAACAAAAACACAAAAUAAAUAGCGAAAACAAAAGCGCCAAACUUAAUCAGUUCCGGAAGUCCAUUUGACUUCUGAAAUGUUCAAAAACCAAGGCACAGCUUCUAAUUGGUGCAGGUGCCCUGGAAACAAUAGCCGACAGCCACAUCAGAUGUUUAGCUUCCCAAAAACAUUCCAAAACAGGAACACUUCUGGGUUUUCAGAGUUUGAGAACCAAAGCAUUUGAGAACCAAGGCAUUUGAGAACCAAGGUACCACUGUAGUAAAAUGGCUAAGUGUCAACCCAGAGAUCAUGCCUGUAUUUUUAAAAACCUGGAACAGCCAUGAAGAUCUUUGGGUGACCAUGGGCAAGUCACCAACUCUCAGUCUGGCAGUGUAGUUUCCCAGCUGUUAGGAAAAUUAUACAUACAUUUAAUAAUAGACAUCCAUUAUUUUGGACCUACUGAUCUGAAGAUGCCAUCACAUCAGUCAUAUUUUAGAAGACUUUUCAAUAUCUUUCAGAACCACAUUGCUGUAAAGUCAGAAAUAAUCUUGUUUGUCUAUUAGCAUUUUUUUGUGAUCUUUUUAUAUGUCAUAUAUUUUGAAUUGCUGUUUAACUGCAGAAUUUUUUUUUCUUAAUUUGUGUUCAUAUAUGAAGUCCACUGGAAAACCAAUAUUUUGUAGCAAAUAUCUUACCAUACAUCAUUUGAAUACAGUACUGAUGCUGUAUGUUUACAUUGUACCGUGUUUCAUGAACUAUCUUGUGGAUAAGGUGCCUGUACAAUGUUUUAUAAUCAAACGAUACUGCAAUAAAAGUUUUCAAAUAUGUAGUGGGACAAUAUUGAAAUAAAUUAUGAACAGUUAGGGAUGAAUAGACAUGUACUUGACUUUUGAGAAUGCAUCAUUUGUUGAAGAUUAAGUUGUAUUGGAGGAAAUAUGAUUUAAAAUUGUGAGAUACAGAUUGAUAAAGGAAAAUAAUUCUGUUUGAUUAAUUGGGGAAAUAGUCAAGUGGAUGUCUAAACAGGAAUUGAACAUGCACAGCUGAUGGAAAUAGGAAUUGAUGGGAAAGUAUUAGAAAUUAAGAAAAGGUAUUUUACUGUAAGCAGUGAAGGA